GAAGACAGCCAAAUUGAUUUCCUCAACAACUGGAUAAAAAGUAAUACUGCCCUCGUCUAAAAAUAAACAUUUUAUUAAUAGUAGAAAAAAACGGAAGCAGCUUUUAACACAAGAGUAAUUUUUGGAUCCUUUACUUUCAUGCCUCUCGACCCUGGUCGAAGAAGAAGUUGUAGAAAUGCCAACAGACCAAGGAAGUGUCAAGAAGACCACCAAGCAACGCUUGUCCAUCCAGCGUAUGCGAGACAAUGAGGCAGCAGGAAGACAGAGAGGGUUGGAUACAGGCGACAGCAUCCUCCCGCAGGCAUACCACACUCGCCUCUUUAAGCUGUUUGGACAGAUAGAGCAUGAAUUUGAGGGAAUGUAUGCAGAAAAUCUCCAGUUGCAGGAUAAAGUGGAGGCAUUAACAGAAAAGUUGGAGGCGUUCCAGAGUGGGAAAGUCCCAAUUGUUGAAGGUGCUGAUGGUUUUGAUGGGCCUGCUCGACUAAGCGUCAGGAGCAAAGCAUCCACCCAGCUGUCCAAUCUGAUCAUGAAGCCAAAGUACAAACCCACAACAGGCAAGAAUGUCUUUAGCUUCAAGGGAGCGAGUACCUCUGGAUGUCAACAAAUGCGCCACUUCAGAGGUCACCGAGAUGGAGUUUGGGAGGUCAGCGUGUCCAGAGGGGACAUGCCAUUACUUGGAACAGCUGGUGCAGAUCGCACUGCCAGACUGUGGUGUAUUGAAACGGGAGCGUGCGUCUUGGAGUAUGUGGGCCAUCUUGGUUCUGUUAACUCUAUUCGGUUUCAUCCAACAGAAUCCUUGGUUCUUACAAGUUCUGGUGAUAGCACAGCCCACAUUUGGAAAUCUACUGUUACAUUGCCGCCACUCAUACACCAAGUUACUGACGUCAGUAAAUCGUGUCCAUCCUCUGGCGAUGAUGUUGAUGGAUCAGACAAAGAAGAGCCAGACGUUGGUGUGGAGAAUGAGAACAUCGUCUAUGUGAAGUCCCCCCAGUCACAGCUGGAGGGGCACUCUGGUGCAAUCAUUGCCGCUGAUUGGCUGGCUGGCGGUAAACAGCUGGUCACAGCAUCAUGGGAUAGGACGGCCAACUUGUACGAUGUGGAUACCCGUGCUAUUGUCCACACACUCACAGGUCAUGAUCAGCAGUUGACUCAUUGCUGUGCCCAUCCUUCUCAGAAGCUGGUGGUUACGUCCUCGGCCGAUACAACUUUCAGAUUGUGGGAUUUCAGAGAUCCGAGUAUCCACUCCGUUAACGUCUUCCAGGGACACACAGACUCUGUUACCUCGGCUGCCUUCGCAUCCGGCGACAAAAUUGUGAGUGGAUCUGACGAUCGAUCCGCCAAAGUAUGGGACCUGAAAAAUAUGAGGACCCCGAUCGCAAUGAUUAGGUCUGACUCGGGCAUCAACAGGUUGUCGGUGUCUUUGACUAAUAAUGUGAUUGCUAUUCCACAUGACAAUCGUCAUAUUCGUCUGUAUGAUCUGAAUGGAGUACGACUUGCAAGGAUGCCCAGAAACAAUAGAAUGGGCCAUCAUCGUAUGGUGUGUUGUACAGCUUGGAACGAUGAGUCGUCCUCAUGUAAUCUUUUCAGCUGUGGUUUCGACCGACAGGUGAUUGGCUGGAAGGUUGGUAUCCUAGCAACCUAGUUAUGAUUGACCAACCAGGGAGCAGCUUUUUACUUGUACGUGAUUGGUUGACACACUGAUGUUCUAGCCGUGUUGUUGUAAAUGGACCAAUGAGCGCGUGGCUGUUGGGGAUCGAUGGGUGCAGUAUUGGUGUCCAAGGAAAGUAAUUAUAUUUGACCAAUUACAUAUGUACAGCUAUGUUGUUGUUUGGCAGUUGUUUAUUGUAACAUUGUUUAUCAAUCAACAAAGAACAUCAUUCACUGAAAUGCUACACAAUUUAGCCAGUUGCAAAUUAAAUUUGAAUAGUGUUUGUUAAUUAACUUGCCUGGGUCACAAUUGGAUGCUUAACAUUGACCAAACUCGCAAUCAAACAAGUCAUUGUACUGGACAUUGCUAAAAGGUUAAAGAGCAAAUGGUUUGAAUACUGCUCUUGUUUCUUUCUGUUGUGAGUAAUUUUGGACAAAGUAUUUUGCAAAACAUCCAAAGCAUUUGAUGGUUUUGCUCGUUGUGUUUCACGUACAUAUUAGAAACCCCUAUCAUGUGUGCCUUGUAGAUACUAGAUCAAAUCUGUAUGUCAGUUUGGGAGGUCAUAUUGCACAAUUUUAGGUUUGCAGUUUGUUUACACCGUAUGAUUUUGACCCCUCCCCCUUUUGUUAUUGGUGCAUUAAAGCCAUUGGACACUUUCGGUAAACAGUAUUGUCCAAGGCCCACACUUCGUGUAUCACACUUUAU